CACUUUUGCAAAACGCCAAAACUCACAAAACAUAGAGAAGGAUUCCUUUCCACUACAAACUAUAUAUAAAAACAAAAGGAAAGAAAAAAUUUCAGAUCACCACUUAUUCCCAUCAUGAAGGCUCCAUCCCCUUUCUUCUUAAAUUUCUCAAAUUUCUUCGUACAAUCCCAUUACUCUCGAAUCUUCCACCAGUUGGCUUUUUUUCUAAAAACUCUUUCGAGGUCGAUUCCUCCGUUGAAUUCCUUUUCACGAUUCUAGUCAUUGUCCUCGCGGGUGGUGCGUUUCCAAGCGUCUCCUCUCCCUGCUCAUAGAAGGCUGUUGAAUGUAGGGUAAACUGUUGAACGUGGCACAGUUCGUGUACGCGGUGUUUUGUCGCAGAGUUCCUCGCUUCUCUCGGACGAUUUUUCAUCGUCCACGAAACCGGUCGUCGUGAUCCAGGAUAAGUCGCACGCGAAUGACUCGUUUCGAUUCAGCAAAAUAGAUUUUUAAGCAGGUGUGCGUGCCUCGUUUCUGGGAACGAGGAUGUGUAAAUGUCACGUAUGUAAAUGGAAAGCCUCGCGUACGAGAAUUUUUUUUUUAUUUUUUUAUCUAAAUUUGAAAGGGAAACAUGUUUAAAUUGUUUUUCUGUAUGUAUAACAAAUUGGGUAUGGUGAGAUGAUAAACAUUUUCGAUAGGGAUUAAUUUUUAUGAUAUUUAAUUGUCAUAUAUAAUAAUUGUUAUAUUUGUUCUUAUACCAAUUAAGUUAAAACGUGAUAAAUUAUAAAUUUCUCAGGACGAUAUUAGUUUUUUUAUGUAAAGUAUGAUUAAGCUAUUAGACAAUUGUUACUCAUUGUUAGUUUUAUUUAGCAAUUGUUCGCAAGCUGCGUCAAUAAUUUUAAUUUUCUCUUUAUCAUUUAAUAAUUUCUUUUUAAUCAAACUAAAACUAAAUUUUAUAACAACAAAUUCAUACUAUAAUCGUCUGAUAUCAUUGUAAAAAUUGAUUUCCCGUUUUUUUCUUAAAUGAACAUAUAUUAUUUUCUCUUUUAUUCCCUUUCUCUCGAACGAAUUCAUUUUAACGAUUCUAUUUUUAUUCCAAUCGCUUGGGACUCCUGAGAAUCCUGUAUAAUCUUGAUAAAAAGGGAGCAGUGUGUAUAGGGUGUGGUGUAAGGAUCCCAAAGAGUUCUAAUAAAAUUCUCCGCUACAUCUGCAUAAACGCACGUAGCGUCGUAAUCCACUCACAUUACUCCCACUGGACGACACGCAAGAGGAAAUCGUGCAUUCUGAAAAUGUCCUAACAAAUUGCUUCGAGCUACUUACGUCUCUGGGAUUAAUAAAGUGCCGACCACUUGGAAAUAUUACUCUCCUCGCGGUUAAGAACGCGUCUAGAUUCUUUUGUUCUUACGUUUACGAUUAUUGCGCGAUCGAAUGCGACUGAUAAAUGGAAAAUGCAUUGGGAAAGAUAUGGAGGAGUAAUAUGUGUGGACAUAUAGAGGUUGAAAAUAAAAAUUUGUCUUGUUAGAUUUUGAUUUUAAAAGUAAGAAAAUAAAUUCACGAUUAAUUUUAUACAAAGAAAUUUUAAGAAAAAUUUUACGAUACAUCAGAAUUUUUGGCAAUUUUUGGGUAGAAUUGUUUAUACGUACAUAUUUUUAUUAAUUCUUGACAUAUCGAUACAGUGUAUUAAAAUAUUUGUUUUUGUUUAAGAUAUAAUUUUAAAUUUUGUAUCUUUCAUUUGAAAGAUUUUCGAAUCAAGUUAAACUUGUAAAAUAAUAUCGGAUUAUUGUAAGUAAAAAGUAGUCAGUUCAUUAAAUAAAAAUUCCGAGAAAAAAGCUUUGAAUUUAGUAUAAUUAACUAGGUAAAAGAAAGAGAGUUGUAAUUUUUGUAGAAAAUUUUAGGAGAUUAAGUCAUAAAAGACUUUCCAAUGCGCUAAUUGCGCCUUAAUUACCAAUGCAAUUUAAAUUACCGCGCAUGAUUUAAUAAAAUUCCGAGAUGUAACAAGUGAUAAUAAGAAAUACACCGUUACAAUCCAUCCCGGCGAGUUCGUUGAACUCUACACCAUCUUCUCUUCCAUUGCUCCUGCCAGAAAACACCCAUGUAACAACCUAGCUAACCUAGAGACACCGAACCAAAUAUCUUUCUCGCUAAAUCCAUCAGAUUUAAUCUAAACAUCCCUUAAAAUCCAACAGAAAAAAAGAGGGAGAAAAAACAACAAGAAAAAAAUAAUCCAUUCCAUCUGAACAAUCCCAUACUUCAUUUCAUUGUUGACAUAAAACACGUUUACGUUUACGACAUUCGAACGAAAAAUUCAAUCGAAACAAAACAAGAAAAAAAAAGAAAAGAAAAGAAAACAGAAAAAAUCCAAAAACAAAGAAACAAAUCCAGAAAAACUACAGGAAAAAAAUAAACGUUCCACCGAUAAACCAUCCAUCCAACAGAGGCGCCCUCAACGCGAGGGAAAGAGAAAACGGAAGAGAGCAAACCAAAAAAAAAAAAAAAAAAAGAAACAGACAAAAAAAAGAAAAUCGACCCUACGAAAUUCCGCUCGAUGAGGAUGGCACAGGAGCGGCUCUGACACGGUACGGUACUGUCGACAUGCGCAGUAACGGUGGGACGAGCAGGGGUGGUGGUUCGAGUGGUUGAUCGUCGUUGCCGCGGUUGGACAGAGAUAGGCUGCCCUGCCUGAUAUCUCGGGCGGGGUGGGGGGUGUUGGGUGGAAGUGGUGGGGGUACCGGCAGGUUAGUAGCGAAGGUACACGUUGUGGCAGCCGGCAGUAGCGAGAGCCGUGCUUGCCACGGCCCACACGGCGGCCUGUGCGUGUGCGUGUGCGUGGGUCAGCCUUGCCCCACAUUCAACCGUCGUAGUCGCGCGUCUUUCGGCGAGGUCGAGCCGGCGCGGCGUUCCACGUCGGUUGAGAAGCCGGGGGAUGCUAGUUGCGAGGAAGUGGCGGCGUCGAGCAGCGUCCUCCCGCCGGCUACUCGCGCGGCGCCGCUCCAACAACGCCGGCAAGGCUUCCGUGUGAACGAACGACCUUCUUCCACGGCUUACCACCGGCCGACGACAUUUCGUUUUCCCUCGCCGCCCGUGCGCACCGUGUGUUCAUCGAGAUCAUCGCGCGUGGCUCGUGCUCGAGUAUAAUCCAGUCCAGUGCGUGCGUGCGUGCGUGCGUGUUGCGUGCCUGCCUGGCCCACGCGCGCGCGUUAAUUCGCGUGUAUAACAGGGGGGAAAAAGGGGGGACGAAAGGCGAGAGGUCGACUUAGUGACGUAUACGACGAAGAAGAAGUGUCUUAAAUUGGCGAAGAGCGAAUCAAGAGGCGGGCCGAGAGAAAGAGAGAGAGAGAGGAGAAGAAACAGGGACGAAUAAUUAAACCGAACGAAUGGGAACAGGUUGACAUAUCGAUUGAAAGAAACGACGGAAUAGAUGAUAAUUAGAGAACGCUUAGAGAGGCUUGUCGAUGAAAUCAAUAUAGCGAGAUUAAAUAAAAUAAAAUAAAAAUAUAUAUAUAUAUAUGUAUAUACAUAGAAAUAUAUUAAUAUAUGAUGUGAUUAAUUAUUAAGAAGAGGAUCUACUAAAAUAUAUGUCUUUGGAGAGAGAAAGAGAGAGAAAGAAAGAAUAUUAUUCGGAUCUAUUGUUUUAUCUGCUCGUUCAAGAAGUUCACACGUCUGAUAAGAAUUAUUAAGCUUAUCUGCACGGAGAGAGAUGCGAGAAGACGUGGACGAAUAAGAGGGAGGAUACGAGGAACGACCAAAACGAAUGCUGUCAAUUAAUAUUCUAUAUUAUUCGUAUCACUUUCGGAUUUACUAUUACGCCUAGUUCAAUUAUAUAUAUAUAUAUGUAUACCGUUCUUUAACACGACACGAGCGAGAUACCGUUUUUUCUCUUUAAUCAUUCUUCGAAUUCUACCUCCAGGUUAAGAAUAUAAAUUUAAAAGAAAUAGAGGGAGAGAAAGAAAUAUAUAAAGCCACGACAACGAAAAAGAAGAAGAAGAAAAAGAAGAAGAAGAAGAAGAAGAGGAAGAAAAGAAAGAAGAUAAGAAUCCACGCGGAGAGAGGGAAAAUAGAGGACGUUAAACGGCCUACAAACGUAUCUAGAUAUAUAGUGCGCGACACGGGUCCUCGAGCGGACCCUUCACAAUGGUUGUACCUGGUUUAAUCUGCAGUUAAGACUUCGUCGUUCAGAACGGAAGCCACGCUCGCUUCCGUGCCAUUACCAAGAUAGAGGCAGCGGCAUGAACGCACGAGAACGCUGGUUAAGAAGCAUACACAGGCGCGAUCUCGAACGAUUCAAAGUAAAGAUCGCGGCCGACAAUCGCACGAAAAGGCAGUGCGUGCGGGUCUAGUGUUGAUCCAAAAGAAGACAAAAGUGGGGAGAAAUCGAUCGAGGACGGAGGACAGGGAGGGACAGUGACGAGAUAUCACGCGAGAUCGGGCGUGUAAGGUGUAAUAAUCGAGUCCUGUGUGUGAAAAGUGUGUGAACUGUGAGAGAAGAGUGAGGGUGAGGCAAAGAAGGGGGAAGGAUCGACCAUGGAGAUCGACGACGUGCACGGUGCAUCGAGUCAUUCCCGUAAUUGCGUUACAAUCGAGUCGAAGAAAGUUGAAUCCACGUCUCUCCUUCUCGAUACGAAGAAGUGAAUCCGUGAUCGCGUUCCUUUCGUUCUUUCCCAGAAUCAUGAAUCGUGUCAGGAGUCGUAGACAGGUGGAAUAUCGCGCGAGGGACGUUUAAGGAGAAAGGAAGGGGAGGAGGAACUUGAUGAAAAUGGACUCGACGAAGCUGGGCGGGCCAGCCCCAACCAGCCCUAGGGCACACUCGCCGGCCGUGCCGGCCUAUGCCUCCACCACGGCGGAUGGAAACAUCGAUUACAUAAUCGGGGAUUACAUGGAGAGGCUGGGAACUAGAUUGAACACGUUGGAGAACGAGUUGAGGUACGCGUGGAGGGCGUUGGAUUUGCUCAGCCAGGAAUACAUCAAGAUGUGGGAGAGGUUGGAGAAGCUGGAGGGCCUUCUGUACGAGCAACAGACGGUGAUCAGCCAGUUGAUCGAGUUCUACGCGAGCGGAGGCAGCCACGAGACGUCGAGCAACGUGGCGGUCGAGGAGACGUUGGCCAAUCAACAGAGCACGGUGGGCGAGUUGGACGCGAUCGCGAAGAGCAUAGGCGCCACGAUGGGUAUAGAGGAGACGAACGCGAUCAGGGAGAAGUUGGCGCAGCAAGAGAUCGCGAGGAUGCACGGAUUAACGCAGGACAGCUCGACCGCCGCGGCUGUAGUUACCGACAUGCACAGGAACGUGAGGAAUUUGGAUACUCUGGAGACUCUCGCUGAAGAGAGUAACAUUCCAGACGAGGCGUUCUACAGGAGCCUGAACAACGCUUACAGGGAGGACUUGAUCUGCGGCGACACGUCAAGACCCACGUCGCAGCUCGGCAUGAUAUGGGAGGAGGCGGAGGACGAGGACGUGAACGGGAAGAAGGAGGUGGAAUCGAGUAUGUUCGAGAAGACUGUCGCCGCGAAGGAGAAAGAGCUCGAGUGCGAAUUGGCCGCGAAACCGAGCAAGGAGGAGAUUCAAGAGGCGGUGACGAAGAAGGAGGACGAGGCGGACGAGGACGAGGGCGAGGUGUUCAGCGCGGCCGAUUACAAGAGUUAUCGUGGGAACACGCCUUGCGUGAGCGAGCAAGAUCUGGCCCAGCUGUCCAGAUUGAGCUCAAUCGACCAAGUUGCCCUGGAGAAAUUGCACGAACUAGACAGGUUGACCAACAAAUUGCAAAAGGAUUCCCAGAAUCUGAUGGAGCUCCAAUCGAAACUGAUGGACUCCCCGAAGAGGCAGUACAGUUCCGAGGCCGAGGCGAAGCUGGCCGAGGAGGCGAGCAGCAUAGACGAGCAAUUGAGAAAAAUCUACGCCGAAACCGACGUCGAUAGCUGGACGUUCUCGAAGAGUCCCGGAUCGACGGGUCGAUCCAUAUCUCGAGUCAGCACCGACAGUGGUCUAGCGACCGACGGCGACUUCACUACCAGGUCAAUUUCUCCAAGACUGACCUCCACCUCCAGAUCGAACCUGGAUUCAAUCUCGAGCGCCUAUACACCGCCCAGGCUAGGUAGCUACACGUCCACGGUGCGCGAGAAGAGUCCGGAGCCGGUGAUCCAGCUGCCCAUAGACGUGGGCAGCUUCGCCAAAGGCUACGCGGAGAACAAGGAGCUGACCGAUCUGAUGGUCGAGAGUUUCGCGGCUGUCACCUGCGCCUCGCCCACCAUCUACAGCACCACCACGGACAAAGUUGCCUCGCCCACCCACUCGGCCGGAAGCGUGCACAGCGUGCACAGCGUGCAGAGCCUUCGAACCAGGCAAGACGGCUAUUUCGGCAGCGCCGCUCGUCUCAAUCUCGAGUUUCAAGAGAGCAGAACGCCCCCGAGCCCGUCGCCGAGCUCGCCGCCUCCGCCGGCCCCCCGAGACUCGGCCGAGCCUUUCCUCAUGCCGGGCCCCGACCAAAGGGAGGCGGACGCGAAACGAUCCCAAAGCCCCACGUUCCUGAGAAGCGCGGACAAAUUGGUCUCGGUGGAGCAGGGUCGCCUAAGCCCGCGAACCCCUCACUCGCCUAAAUCGCCACGGAUCUCGCCCAAGCACACGGCCAAGCCGAGCGUGGCCAACAUAGUCGCGGCCAAGUCCGAUUCCGGCCUAUCCUCCAUGAGCGGGUGGAGCAGUUUGGACAAAUCGCCGAGCUCGCCGAAGAGCUCGAUCGCCAAGAUGCUCACCUCGUACUCCGUGGAUCACGCGAGAUCUUUGAUCCCAAGCACGACCACAGUGAGAUCCGCAAGCCCGAUCCCCCCGCUUCCGGAGACCACCACCGCCGCGACGAUCAUCACCCAGGAACCUUUGUACGACACGCCCGAGGGGAGAGACGCCACCGCCGCCGUCACCUUCACCGUCACCAGCCACUCUUACACGGUGGCCAUGAACCAUCUGUCGGGAUACGCGUCGAUCAAGACAACCCCCCCGACCACGAAGGAGGAGUACGGGUUCGUGCUGCCUCAAGCGGCCAUCGCGACCACCUGUCAGAGCCCCAAGAAACGAGGUCGGCAACAAGCGUUGCAGCACACGUACGACACCGUGCCGCCUGGAACGACGAUCGACUACGUUUACAGGUCGGAGCAGCCGGCCAUUUAUUCCGUGGCGGGCAGCAACCGGCAGCAGGCGAUCACGAGCGUGUACACGAGCAGCGCGGGUGGUUACGGUCCGAAGACGACAACCGCUUACGGGUGGAUGGAUCAGUUGAAUAGCUACGACAAUUACACCACUGUCCAGUACACGGAAUCGAGUGCAGCGGUUUCGGCUCACCUGAAGAAACCGUUGAGGGGCGCAGUUUCCACGGACGCGGGUAUGACGAACCACGAAGGUUACAAAGCCGCCAUGUAUCGCACCAUGUUCCCAACGGGGAACAUCACCGACGCGCUCUCCUAUUAUCCCACGAGCGCGAAUCUGCCGCGGACCGAGACGAACGAGGCCUCGUGGUUGAACUCGAUGGAGGAUCAGAUACCACACGACUCGACCUCCUCCAGCAUCAGGUCGCUGACCUCGGAUGGCAGCUACGCCCAGAGCCCGUACACGGACAGAAGGUAUCCCCAACCGCCGGCGUAUCAGGCCCACCAGUAUCACCACACGUACGCGAAUCAGAAUUAUCCGCAGGCUUAUCAGCAACAGUAUCAGCCGUACAGUCAACGAUUGACCAGCACCGAAAGCGCACAACUCGCGGAUGGAUACCAGAGACAGUGGCAACGGGAACACCAAUAUAUACAGGAUCACGAGGCCGCGAGAAUACCUAUCGAUCAAGGCCAGCAUCAGCAAACCGAGUAUUACGAUCCAUCGAGCGUGAUAGUGUCCCAGUCCGGGUACAUAAGCAUUGCGUCGAACUUGAAGGAUCACGAGAUCGAGACGGCGAAGGUUAAUAAGAAAAUAAGGCGUGGCUCGUCGUUGAAAAAUGCGAUGAGCUCGAUGAGCAAUUGGUUGCCGGACUUGCACUUGAGCAAGAGGCACAGGAGUCACUCGUUGCCAGGUGGGGUGAGGAGAGAGGAUUUGGACAUGUCCCAGGAGCAGCAGCAGCAACAGCAGCAGCAACAGCAGCAGCAAAGACUUCCUGGUGAGACAGGAGGCAGAGGUCGUGGCAGGGGUCAAGCGGCAAGGAAAAAGAAGAAACACACAUUGGUAUCCACUGUAUCAGGAAUCCUCCAGAAGGCCAAAAGACGAAGCCAUCAAUCGCAGUCUCUGUCCGAUCCCGAACAGUCUGAAACUGAAUGGAGCAGCGGCAGGCAGAGUGGCCUGUCCGAAGACGAGGACAGCGUAAUGUCGGACGUGAACCAGGAGCCUCCGUUUUUCGCCAAAGUGAAGACGGCCAGCACGAAGCGUAAACCGAUGUCGCAACCGAUCCCUCAACAGCAACAACCGAUCCCCCAACCGUUACCUCAACAACAGAAAGAUUAUAUGCAACAGCAACAGCAGCAGCAACAACAACAGCAGCAGCAGCAACAACAACAAAAUCUGCAGCAACAGCAGCAAGCCCUUCAACAACAAAUCCAGCAGCAUCAGGAGCAGUUACAGCAGCAAGCUCUCCAAGACGGUUGGGGGAAGGAGAAGGAUCAGAAGAAGGAGAUGGAGCACGAGAUUGGCGAACAGAUCAGCGGCUUCGAGGAAGAGACGUCGGGGAAGAGCACGGGUUCCGGUUCGGGUGGCUCGUCCAUAUUCCAAACUGUCGGAGAUAUCAAACGAUCGACCGGCAGCUCCGACGAGGCCCCUAACGAAAAAGCCCCGAAACUUCCCCCUGUGACGUUGAUGGGCGGCGCAAGCAUGGAAUUCGCUGUGUCCAGGGCACUGGGAAAGUAUCGUCAGAGACAAUCCUCGACGGUGUCCGACGAACAACCACCGAGCGAGGAAGGUAGCACGGAGAAGAAAUCCGACGAAGGUACCGUCCAGACUCUCGAGACGAGCUUCGAGUAUCCCGAGGACAUGUCGGAGAAGAGCGAGAAGAGCGAGAAAUCUAGCAGCACGAGGUUACCGGAAUUGGUGACCAGCAUAUCGGAGGAAGCUCCACCGUCGGAAGGAAGCCCAUCCGCGUCGAGCACGAGGGGUCAAACCCCGGCUGGUAGCCGAUUCCUACCGCGACAUCAACAAUCCCUCGAGAUUCCGUGGACCGGCUCGAGACAGGGCGAAUUGGACGAGGAUAACCGAAGCACGCAUUCCUAUCGAAGCACGUCGAGGGUCUCGUCCAGGCGGCAAAGUACGGAGGAUUCGAUCGACUCCGAGGACGAGUGGUAUCGAUACGAGUUGAGAAAGCUGGAGGAGCUCGAGAGACAAUCGCAGAUAGAGAUAGAAAUGGGCGAGGUGCUGGUCGAAGAGCCUGAAGAAGUUGAACACUAUCAACCGGACGAGGCGGUGAAGGAGAAGAUGUCGUUCGUGCUGAAAGAAUUAAAGCUGAAAGCCAGUAGCAAGGUGAAGGAGGAGAAGGUGAAGGAGGAGAAAGAAGAUCUGCGAGCGAGUAAAAUGAACGGGACGAUGGGAAAGGAUCGUCGAGUCGAGGAACGGGAUAAAUAUCGAGACGAGAAACCGAUUCCAAAACGAAAAUCCGCUGAGAGUAUCGAGGCAGUGUUUGCAAGGGUCACCGAUUAUCAUACUUGGGCGCACGAGGAGGAAGCCAAGAAAGAGAAACCGGCCAUGGAAGAGGGUUCUUCUGGAGAGACCUCUGGUCCUGAUAGUCCGGUCCAAUCGAUGGACGAGGAGGAAGAGGAAGAAUUGCCGAAAGACAUCGACGAACAACCGUCGAGGCGAAGUUCCAGCGGUUCGACUUUUCGACAAGGAGAAAAGAUCCAUUCUGGUUCCGAACCGAUAUCUCGCGAGGGUAGCGUGAGCGUACCGCCUAGCGAGGUCUCUGUUAGCAUUCCAGGUGCUUGGGACUCGGAGAGCACUGUCCUUGAAGGUUUGGAACGAGACGGUGCUGGUAGCGCUGAAACGGCUACUACGGCGACUUUGAGUUUGCCCAAGAUUAAAAUCGAUUCUUCGUCGUGCGGCAGUUCCGAUACGACACUGAAGGAGGGCCAGGUAAGUCCUGGCCCACCUGGGUCGAAAUGGAAAUUGCUGAAAGCGUUGAAGGAGCGAAAAGCGGAGGAGAAGAUGAAGGAGGUCGAGGAGGCCUCCAAGGAGACCACCAUUUCUCAGGGACCCACGGCAAACGGGAGCGGAACUGGAGGCGAGUCCGGUGGACGGGGCAACGGGCAUCCGGGGGACAAUCCUUUCUACAGCAACAUCGACAGCAUGCCGGACAUUCGGCCGCGCCGAAAAUCGGUGCCAUUGGUCUCCGAGCUGACAAUGGCGGCGACCAAGAGGAACGCGGCUGGUCUAACCUCGGCGGUGCCAAGAGCGACCUUGAACGACGAGGAGCUGAAGAUGCACGUGUACAAGAAAACGCUGCAGGCGAUGAUCUACCCGAUCUCCUCGACCACGCCUCACAAAUUCGUCACAUGGACUGCCACGUCGCCUACCUAUUGCUACGAGUGCGAGGGCCUUCUUUGGGGUAUCGCCCGACAAGGGGUGCGGUGUACGGAGUGCGGUGUCAAGUGCCACGAAAAGUGCAAGGACCUGCUGAACGCGGAUUGCUUGCAAAGGGCGGCCGAGAAAAGCUCGAAGCACGGUGCCGAGGAUAAGGCGAACAGCAUCAUCACGGCGAUGAAGGAGAGAAUGAAGCAGAGGGAGCGAGAAAAGCCCGAGAUCUUCGAGCUGAUCCGCACGACGUUUUCAGUCGACCCGGACACGCACAUAGACAGCCUCGAGCAGGCCGAACAGAUCGUCCUUGAGGGUACAAGCAAGUGGUCCUGCAAGAUCGCCAUCACAGUGAUCUGCGCCCAAGGAUUGAUCGCGAAAGACAAGAGCGGCACAUCUGAUCCGUACGUGACGGUCCAAGUCGGGAAAGUGAAGAAACGAACGAGGACCAUGCCGAGAGAAUUGAAUCCCGUUUGGCACGAGAAGUUUUACUUCGAAUGCCAUAACUCGUCCGACCGGAUAAAAGUGAGAGUGUGGGACGAGGACAACGAUUUGAAGUCGAAGCUACGGCAGAAACUGACGAGGGAGAGCGACGAUUUCCUCGGCCAAACGAUCAUCGAGGUGAGGACACUGAGCGGGGAGAUGGACGUGUGGUACAACCUUGAGAAAAGGACGGACAAGAGCGCGGUUUCGGGCGCGAUCAGGCUGCACAUCAGCGUGGAGAUCAAAGGCGAGGAGAAGGUCGCUCCGUACCACGUGCAGUACACAUGCCUGCACGAGAAUCUGUUUCACAGUUUGUGCGAGAAGAACGAUGGUGUGGUCGCGUUGCCCCAGGCGAAGGGUGAUGACGCCUGGAAGGUGUACUUCGAUCCACCAGGAGAAGAGCUCGUGGACGAGUUCGCGAUGAGAUACGGCAUCGAGAGCAUUUACCAAGCAAUGACACAUUUUCACUGCCUCUCCACGAAGUACCUGUGCCCAGGUGUGCCAGCGGUGAUGUCCACCCUGUUGGCGAACAUAAACGCGUACUAUGCCCAUACAAGCGCGAGUUCCGCCGUUUCGGCCAGUGAUAGAUUCGCCGCCAGCAAUUUUGGGAAAGAGAAGUUCGUGAAAUUAUUGGAUCAGCUGCACAACUCCCUGCGAAUCGAUCUCUCGAUGUAUCGAAAUAACUUCCCCGCCUCGAGCCAGGAGAAACUGAUGGACCUGAAGAGCACGGUCGACCUUCUCACGAGUAUCACAUUCUUCCGUAUGAAAGUUUUGGAAUUGUCCAGCCCGCCGAGGGCGAGCACCGUGGUCAAGGAUUGCGUGAAGGCGUGUCUUCGAUCGACCUACCAGUUCCUCUUCGAGAAUUGCUACGACAUCUACAACAGGGAAUUCCAAGUUGAUCCGAACGAGGCGAAGAGGGACGCCGAGGAUCACGGCCCUCGUUUGGAAUCGUUGGAUUUCUGGCAUAAAUUGAUCGCGCUGAUCGUUUCGGUGAUCGAGGAGGAUAAAAACAGCUACGCACCCGUCCUCAACCAAUUCCCCCAGGAAUUGAACAUCGGUCAAUUGUCGGCGGCCACCAUGUGGUCCUUGUUCGCGGUGGACAUGAAGUACGCGUUGGAGGAGCACGAGCAGCACAGAUUGUGCAAAUCUUCGGCCUACAUGAACCUCCAUUUCAAGGUCAAAUGGUUGCAUACCAAUUACGUGAAGGAUGUGCCGCCGUACAAAGGCGCUGUGCCCGAGUACCCUGCGUGGUUCGAGCCGUUCGUGAUGCAAUGGUUAAACGAGAACGAUGACGUCUCACUGGAAUAUCUCCAUGGUGCCUUCAACAGAGACAAGAAGGACGGAUUCCAAAAGAGCAGCGAACACGCGCUGUUCAGCGUCUCCGUCGUCGACGUCUUCACACAAUUAACCCAGUGUUUCGACGUGGUCUCCAAACUGGAGUGUCCAGAUCCGGAAAUCUGGAAGAGGUAUAUGAAGAGAUUUGCAAAGACCAUUGUGAAAGUAUUGGUUGCAUACGCGGAUAUCGUGAAGAAGGAAUUCCCGAGUCAUCUGAAGGAAGAAAGAAUCGCUUGCAUUCUCAUGAACAACAUUCAACAAUUGAGAGUACAAUUAGAAAAGAUGUUCGAAUCGAUGGGUGGGGAGAAAUUAGAAGAGGAUGCGGCGAACAUUCUAAAAGAACUUCAACAACAAUUGAAUGGAGCACUCGACGAUCUUGCUAUGCUCUUUGCAAAGAGUUUGGAACCAAGAAUAACAGCUUCCGUGAAAGAAUUAGGAGAUCUGUUGUUAGCUAUUAAAGGUAGCGGGCAAGUGCAACCUGCUCAAAGAAACAACGUCGCCGUCGAAGCUGACGAAGUAUUGCGUCCUCUCAUGGAUCUUCUCGAUGGAAGUCUGUCGUUAUACGCUGAAUCUUGCGAAAAGACUGUACUCAAGAGGUUGCUGAAAGAAUUAUGGAAGAUCGUCAUGAGGAUUCUGGAGAAGACGGUGGUACUACCACCUAUGUCAGACAAGAGUAUGAUGUUCAAGAAUCUAACGGAUAACGCGAAGAAUCUAGCCGCGAAUGCUAAGAUAGAAGACAUGUCGAAAUUGUUUAAGAAUCACAUGGCCGGCAAACCGGAUGUAAAGAACGCACUGAGCGGUGUAAUGGAUAUUUCAAAGGAAGUAGAAAAGAAUCUUUCGCCGAAACAGUGUGCAGUCCUCGAGGUUGCCCUCGAUACCAUUAAACUGUAUUUCCACGCAGGUGGCAAUGGUUUGAAGAAGACAUUCUUAGAGAAAUCUCCGGAAUUGCAAAGCUUACGAUAUGCCUUGAGUCUGUAUACGCAAACAACAGACACACUCAUCAAGACUUUUGUCACAUCUCAGGUCAACCAAGUGCCACUGAACAAUGCAUCAAAGCUACGUCAGCGUCAGCGUUCGAUGAGCAGCGAAAGAGGUGGCGACGAAGGGGAAGGAGCCGAGGGUAUGGAAAGCCUCGAGGAACCCCUUCGCCAGAGCAAGCCCUCUCUUCGUCGAGAGAGUCGACAAGUUCCAGAUACUGCUGGCACAGAGGAAGGCUCAGUUGGAGAAGUCAGUAUUCAAGUGGAUCUCUUCACGCAUCCUGGAACUGGCGAACAAAAAGUUACCGUCAAAGUUGUCGCUGCAAACGAUUUGAAAUGGCAAUUAGCUACAGGUAUGUUCAGGCCAUAUGUUGAAGUAAACUUGAUCGGACCUCAUCUAACUGGAAAGAAGAGGAAACAAUCAACAAAAUCAAAGACCAAUAAUUGGUCACCACAAUUCAAUGAGAGCUUCGACUUCAUGAUCGGCAAUGAACAGCAGCAAUUGGACUUCUACGAAUUGCACAUUUGUUGCAAAGACUAUUGCUUUGCCAGAGAAGAUAGAUUAGUCGGUGUAGCAGUGAUGCAGCUUAAGGAUAUAGUCGAAGAAGGUUCCUGCGCCUGUUGGUUGUCGCUUGGCAAACGAAUCCAGAUGGACGAGACAGGUUGGACAAUCCUGAGAAUUCUUUCACAGAGGAACAACGAUGAAAUUGCAAAGGAAUUCGUUAAACUAAAGAGUGACAUCAGGCAGGAGACACCUUUACCGAAUCCUACCUGAGACUCGAAGUCACAGCAUUAAAGCCACGACAGCGAAGCGAUGCGUCCUUCGAGUUUGGAAAGAGCUCGGAGGAGAGAAGGAAAGAAGGGGCAUUGUCCACAGGGGAAACUAUAGAACGUUCGGCCGUCGUUGUCGAGAAUGAAGUCUUUAAAAAACAAAACAAAAAAAUAAAAAGUAAAAAAAUAAAUGCGAGCAAUACCGCAAUACAUGCGAUAUCGAAAAGGUGUGAAACACAAAUAAAAAAAUUAAAAAAAAAAAAAGAAACAAAAAACACGAACGAGAAAAAAAGAUCACCGAUAAGGACGAUCGGCCGAAUCCUUUUCGGUUCUAAUGAUAACAUCGUCGGUCAGUGAGGGAACGAGAAAGCAUGUCGCGCGACAUAUUUUCUUCUUGCUUCCUUCGCAGCCAGCUUCCGGUCGAGCGUGUUCUUCUGUCUUUUUUUACGAAUCACAGAGCUUUAGCCCCGUCCCCUAUAUAAACCAAAAAAACAGAAAGAAAAAAAAAGAACAAAACCAAAACAAAGAAAACAAGAAGGAAGGGUUUCGAGUGAAAUAUUUAUAAUGAGCCCCGAAUCGAAACGUUCGUCCAAUGGAAGUUAGACAAGGGAGAAACGGAAAAAUAAAAGGGUGAUUCCUCCCAUCCUUUCGGAACAAACGAUAGAAAAAUAGAAUAACGUCCAAGACGGCGAACUUUUUGUUCGAACAAGUGCCGUAAAGAUGGAGGAUACGAAACCUCAGGUAUUGGAGAGUGUUCUGAAUAGACGCGAUAUGUGAAAACAGUGCUGCCAGUACGCAAUAUAUUUGGUAAAUAUUCGUAACAUAAGGAAAGGAGAACGAAGUUGAAAUAGUAAAAUGUAUCCAGCGCGAUUAGACCUCGACUUGUAUGGAUUCACAAAAGAAGAGGAAGUAGCUUAACUGUGAAUAGAAAAGAAGAAGAAAAUAAAAGAACGAUCGAAUCGGGGUCCGUGAACAUAAGCACGUUGCAAAUAUAAAACGCGAAUUAAACGUGUUUUCAAAACUGAAAAGCGAAUCGCGCUGCAACGAGGAAAUGUAAUACUACGUAUAAAUAUAUAGACCCUUGUGAGAGAUGACGUUUUAGGCCGUUUGUUUGGGAAGACGAGUUUUCUUGUAGAUAUGUGAAACACAUUGUUGACGAAAAAAGUUUUUUCUAAAUAACAGUUUAACGUAGCAUUGCGUACGACCAAUAGGCACGUCACGACGUUACUCGAGAUGUGCCGUUAGUAAUAAAUAGGCAUUGUAAUGUAAAGUACGUUCUUAUUGUAAAAAUUAACAAGAGAUCGUAUGAGUCUGAUUAUUGUUGGUGAACAAAUCAAGAUCCGCUCGAAGACUUCGAGCAUUCUCCGUGAAUCACCUUUGGUCUCGCUUCGAAACGAUAUAUAGAUGUUUACUUAUACAAUAAGAAAUCGAUAUUCCGUUCCAUUGAAGAAGGUAAAUAAAAAAAAAAAAUAAGAAGUAAUAAGAAAAGAAAGAAGGAAAUAAAGUAGAACUUUCGUCCGCCUUAGAUUUUCUUUCAUGUACAAUAUUGUGAACCAGAGAAUCCGGUCUUUGAUCUAUUAUAACCAGAAAAUAUUAUUUCUAUGAAUCGACAGCCUAACUUUUUCGAAAUUAAACUUUAUAUCGUGGUAGUUGUAUGGUAACUUAAAUAAUCAUCUAACUUCGACUCUUUUCCUCUUAACGAUCAUUGCUUUUUGUGUGAAUGAACAAAAUAUGUAAACGACAAGGUGGAACGCAAGCUUCGAAGAAAAAAAAGUGAACAUUAAUACUUUUCUCUCUAUUCGCUUAAAAUAUCUCAUCAAUAUUACUCUUGUAAAUAGAUCAAAUAUUGUCCAUUCAUAGAAAUGGUUCGUUGGGUUACGAAGGUUGAAAUCCGUGAUUCUCUGAUAUAAGACUUCCCCCACUAUAUAAAAAGAAAAAAAAAGAAAAAGUAAAUUGAGAAAAUUAAAGGCGGACGCGUUAAACAAUCCCUCAAUCUGUUAUAAAACGGAAAUGAUCCUUGCGGAAGAUACUUUAACGUUCUUUAUUUCACAUCUAAUGUCGUUCGAAAACUUUAAAAACAUUUGUUUAACAAUACAUAUUGCGAUUCUUGCACGAAGCUUCGAUCGGAUCUCCCGAGAAAUUCGCAAAUGAAAUAAAAAAAAAAUAAAGAAAAGGGAAAAACAAUGAAAAAAAGCAGAAAAAACGGAAGAUGGAAACUAAUAAUAACACAAAAAAAAAGAUGCACGCGACUUUGAAAUUAAAUAAAUUUCAUUCUCCGGCCUUCGCAGGUCAACAAGAUAUACAAUUCCAGAGAUUACAAUGAUUAUAUCCACAAAAAAAGUUUCUACUACGUAGUACGUCUAGAUAUACUUACGUAUUGUGUAUAGUAUCUAAAUGCUGAUGUAGUUGCGAGCGCGGGAUACUCGUCUGAAGAGAGGGAGAGAGCCAUCCAAAAAAUGAGGAACAUUCGGCUAUAUUUACAAUUACGUAUUUACAUCAGGUGCUUACCAUAUCCGGAUGAUGCAUGCGUCUAUACGCGGCAUGAAUCAAGCACAGAAUUUCUGCAUAGAAUUUCGUUUAACAUAUUAUGCAUAUAAGCGCAUAUCUUUCUGAAAUUACUUCUUAUCAUGUAAUUUUGCGUCAAAAUCAUAUAUUUCACAAUUGAAUACAAAAAAAGGAAAAAAUAACAAUGAAUUAAUCAUUCAUAAAUCAAUAUCUUUAAAUCUCAAAAUAUUGUAGAACAGAAUAGAGAAAAUUUACGUUAUAAUUUAAACGUAUUUUGUUUUGUAAACAUCAGAUUUAGCACGUUAUUCAUUAACGUGAUUAAAAUGCGUAACUUUAAACGGAUUUAUAUACCGGUUUCAAUUAAAAUACUUUCAAUGAACGUUCCUCACGUACUAAACGCAUUGCAACUCAUUUUUUUUGCAACGUUCGCGUUGCUUCGAUCCAGUGUGCCUUCGACCGAAGAAAAACGAACGUAGCGAAAAAAGAUUUCGAAUUUGAAACCACACUUAUCGAACAUAGACAAAAACGACAUGGUAUCAGCGAAAUGCGCAUAUAGAAAAUAUAGAAAAAUGAAAAAGAAAAUAAGGAAAAAAGAAAAAUUAGAAUUGAAAAAAAGAAACACGAAUCCGCGAUCUCGCCACCAUCUUCAUUUGUAAAAGUGUCUAUUUUCUCCGCUGCCUAAGUACAUACUAAUUAAUGAAAAAGGGUUGGCGAAUUCGGCAACCAGGCCAAGUCCGUCGACGAAACGGGAACAAUCUUUUGUGUGUUUCUUUACGCUGAAAAGUUUUGGGGUCGCUCGGCGAUUGCGCUUCGUGGACGGGAUUGACCGCCAAUUUUUCCUCCUAUUCUCCGCUUCGAUUAAUAUCUCGUAAGCUUAAUGAAAAAAAAUAUCUCGUGUAUUCUGUGAUAAUUACUACCCUUAAAAUACAUAUACACACGUAUACACUUGCACAUACCAUAACCUAAUAAACAUUUAUACAUAUAAUAAUGAAAAACAGACACACAUAACCUAACAAUCAGAACUGCUAAGUUGGUAUACGGAUAGAAUACAAGUCUAUCUAUUAGUUAUUUAUUGAUUAAUUUGUAAAUUAUAAGAUGGAUCAAUUGUAUUGUAUUGUAUUAAACAAUUUGUAUUGUUAUUUAGUUAUUAUUAUUAAUUAUUUCUAAUAGAUUCAAACAAUCGUAAAAAUAAGCAUGCGUAUUGAUCGAAAGUUUUAUCGUAAAUAAGAAAUUAUUAUAAUAUCGAAAACUUUGUUUUUUUUUUUAUGUUAUCCUAAAUGCCAACUUAUCAACUCUAUAAACAUUUGAAUUGAAUAUGCAACAUGUAACACAUAACAAAAACAUUAGAGAAACACUUGUACAUACACAAUAUAUCGCGCGCAUAUACAUAUACACAUCAAGCACGUGAACACCGUUCCCAAUAGCAACAGUAUUUUUCUCUUUUAAAAGACAUUUCGAUUUCUAUUCUCUAUACUCGUUAAACGUCCGAAGAGUCUCAUUGGUGUGAUAGCGAAAGAUACCAUGGCAAUGUUUCAUAGAGAUUGUGAUGAAUUAUCACAAUAUCUAUAAGAACGACACGAAUACGAUAAUAUUGAUACUGGGAACGCAAAAGUAAUCGUCGAAUAAUCAAUCAGGUAAGAGAGGAAUUUCGACGAGCAACGAGGGACAGGAAAUGACUAGGAAUUUUCACGUUGCCGUUUAAUAGUGAUAUUUUUGUCCAAAUUCACGUGAACGGUAUGCGUGAAUGUUACUUCUUAUACAGUUUGCACUCAUAGGAAAACAAAAGAAAUAUUGUU